UAUGCUUUUGGGAACAAGCUGCUGUUUGUUUUGAUAGAGUAACCUAAUACAUUUCUUCAAGAAAUCGGAAUGAGCUGAUGUUAUUAACACGAUGACGACCCCCGCUGUCCGGAUGUUUCAGAGGUUAGAGGGUUUGUUCUGUGUGUACAAACCCCCCGGUGUCCAUUGGAAACUGACACGAGACAGCAUCGAGACAAAUCUCCUUAAAGGUUUAAAUGCAGCACCAGCGCAGCCUCUUCCUCAGGAAGUCCGCUUCCUGGAACAGCCAAGCAGUAAGGCUGAAGCACCCAAGGGACUUACUCUGUCUGCAACCUCUCUGCCAGUACUGUCCAAACACCAUCUGGUGACUGGACCUGAAUUCCAGCGUAUCCCAGUCGGGGUAGGACAUCGUCUAGAUGCAUUUUCUUCUGGUGUUUUAGUUCUUGCAGUGGGGAACGGAAACAAGACCCUGCAGGAUCUCUACAAGUCACAAGUCACAAGGGAUUACACGUUAGAGGGUGAAUUCGGGACAGCGACAGAUGAUUUCUCUCACACUGGCCGAGUUGUGGAAAGGUCCACCUAUGGUCACAUUACGCAGGAUAAGCUGGAGAGGGUCUUGGCAAUGUUGCAGGGAGCCAAUAAUAAGGCCUUGUUAAUGUAUUCCAACGUAGACAUGCGCUCACAGGAAGCCUAUGAGAUGGCUGUGCAGGGUGUACUUGGUCCAGAAGGGAAGUCUGCACCUAUUUUGACAGACUUGCGUUGCAUUCAUUUCGAGCCUCCCAACUUCACUUUAGAGGUGCGCUGUCUAAAUGAAACUCAGAAAUAUUUGCGCAAAGUUGUUCAUGAGAUUGGACUUGAGCUGCGCAGCACAGCAGUGUGUAAGGGGGUUCGACGGACAAGAGAUGGCCCCUUCAGUCUGCAGGACGCUCUGACCCACCACCACUGGACUGCUUCAGAUGUAAUGGGUGCCAUCCGACAGUACCAUACCUCUAAGAAAAAUAAAAAACAUUCCCCUGCACAGAUCAAGGACCCAAGAUUACAACCUCCAGUCAGCCAGUCUGCAAAAUGACACCAACUGGGGAAAAAGCAGCACAUACAGUUAAAUAACGUGAGCUGUGGACAGGAGGUCUAAGUCCCUCUGGUGGCUGAUCACCAACAGUGACUCUGUGAGCCUGAGUUUGAGUUCAGCUCAGUUGAAAAGAGGUUUGUUAGACCAGACACAUCCUGGUCUCUAAAACAGAAAGUAUCACAUUUGUUUAAUGUGUGAACUUUCUGUAUCUCAUAAAAGUUUUACCAUAUUCACUUUUGUUAUCUUGCAGGUAAUAACUUAUUCUCCAAAUGUUAAUGUGAAAGAGGUUUAUGAAACAGAUUAAAUGGACCAACGGUUUCAAAUGAUACUUGUGUCAUUUGAGAAGUUGAAUUACAUUGACUAGUUGUGCUUUUUCAGUGUCUACAGAGAGGUCAUUGAACAGUGCUUUCGUACAAAAUGGUUGGUCCUGUGUACAGAGCUUUUUGUAUGGCAAGUAAAGUUAAUAGUCAACACCCUUAAAGGUCUUCAUAUGAGGUAACAUACCUGCUUAAUCAUCUCAGAAACUCUCCAAAGGGUUAAAAGGUUAAAGCUACUUUUAUCUCAAUGACGUCUGAAAUUGUUUUACACCAGCUGUCUCCAUGACAGAAGACAUGUAACUGAUUAACUGAACAGAUCACGUGUAUCGACAUGUUUGAGAAUCCUCGGAGUGUUCCCGCUGUCGUAUAUAAAACAAAGCAACAUCUCUCACUGUAGGCAGUAAUGAAUCUUCUGUAUUACCUCAGUAGUCAUUUUAACAGAACUCCUUGCUGCUGCAAUACAA